AUGAUCGAAUUACUUGAUCUACCCAAUGAAUUAAUCUUAGCUAUUAUGAAUAAAGUUAAACCUCGAGUAUUAUUGCUUUGUUCUAUUAUUGGCAUUGGAAAUAAUCGUUUAGAACAACUUGCAAUAGACAAAUGUCAUUCAAUUGAUUUAACUUUGGAUUAUCCUCAAUCACCUCACGAACAAUUAAUGAAACGAUUUUAUUCACAUGUUUUGCCUUAUAUUUAUAAGAAUAUUCAAUCACUGGCAUUGACCCUUCAUCAUCUAUCGGAUAUUUCUACCUUUGCUGAAGAAUAUUGUGAUGGAACAUUUUCAAAUUUGACACAUUUAAAAAUCAUACUUCCAAGACAAAGUCGUAUAACUGACACAAAUUUUACAUUAGUCAAUUAUAAAAAUUAUAAUAAAACUGAUAAUCAUAUACUUUUAGGUAGCAACAUGAUUAGUUCAAUGCACAGCCGAUGUCUCUUCUCAGUAUUACCUCAACUUUAUUCUAUUGAGAUGAUGGAACCUAGUCUAACAGUAUCUGCUUUUCGGUGUUCACGAUUUAUGCGUUCUAUUAUUUCGUUCGAAUUUGAUGAAUAUUGUAUUCUACCAACAUUAGUUAAUAAUGAUGAUUUGUUCUUUCCUCAAUCAUCUCGUCUUACUCACAUUCGUAUCACAUUACUUUUUCUCGAUAAUUGUAUUGAUUUACUCAAUCAGUUAGGUGCACAGCUCCAUUCAUUUGCUAUGAGCCUUGUGCAGCCCGGUCUACGGCGGGACAGCAAUGCAAUAUCACGAAUAGCAUCGAUAUCUUCUCCUUAUCUGAAAGAAUUAACAAUAACAAGUUAUCGUAAUAUUCCUCAAUAUGAAAGAUAUAUUGUUCCUCUUUUACAACGUUUGUCAACUAUCAAAUAUUUGACAUUAUUAUUAGCUAUUGGCGUAGAGAGAUUUCAACCACAUCACUUUAUUGAUGGAUACAAUUUACAAAGAGAUAUUAUUUCUCAUAUGCCUCAUUUACGUCAAUUUUAUUUUCAUAUUCGUUCAAUCGUUGUAUCCGUUCCUCAUAUAGAUAUCGAUACAAUUCGUCAAAGUUUUUUUCACCAAGAACAAUCUGUUGAUUGUGUACUUGAUUAUUUCAAUAAUGAAUGUGGUCAAUGUCAAAUUUUUUCACUUCCAUUUAUUGGUACUCGUCUUGAUUUUAUCUCAAAUCGAUUUCCACUUUUCGACGAAAAUAAAAAUACUUUUUCAAAUGUUACAACAAUAUUACUCUUCGAUGAUGUCAAACCUUUUGAGCAUAAUUUUUUUGUACUUGUUUCUCAAGCUUUACCUCAUCUUAAAUCACUUGAAGUAUUUAAUCGACUUGAACAACAAGAGAAAACAAUAACAAGGGUAAACGAAGAUCAUGGUAAGAUUUUAUUUACCGAUGAAAAAUACUUUUCAUUAGAAGGUGUAUUUAAUCGUCAAAAUGAAUGUGUUUACGCCGUUAGUCGAGAGGAGGCAGAUAAGCAAGGAGGCAUAAAACACCAAGCUAAAUAUCCAAAAAGAAUCAUGGUGUGGUUAGGUGCCUCAAAAAAUGGUCUUACGUCUCCAAUCAUUUUUACACCUGGUGAAACAUUAUCACACAAGAAUUAUAUUGAAGUCGUUCUUCCGCAUGCACAAUCUGAAGGUAGCCGGCUAUUGGAUGAUGAUUUUAUCUUCCAACAAGACAACGCCACACCACACAUUCAUAAUGAAUCGUUGGCAUGGUGUGAAGAAAAUUUCGCACAAUUUAUUAACAAUCGUAGAUGGCCACCACAUAGUCCCGAUCUUAAUGUUCUGGAUUAUUACGUAUGGGACGCUAUCACCAAUAAUAUGCAAUGGAGCAAGAUUAAAAAUUAUGAUUCAUUAAUUGAUGAAAUUGAAAAAGCAAUUCGUCGUGUACCAAUAAAUGAUCUUGCUCGCAGCGUCGAAAAUUGGUCCCAGCGAAUUUUGUCCAUUUUCAAAAACAAAAGGUGCUUAUAUAAAAUAAACUAUUCUUUGUAG